CUAACAUAACCUCUGGCAGAUAGAGAGAGAGAGAGAGAGAGAGAGGGAGGAGGAAGAACGAAGAGGAAGGAGAUGGCGCAGCCCGGCGAGGAAGAGAACGAUGAGUUCUACGUGAGGUACUACGUCGGGCACAAGGGCAAGUUUGGGCACGAGUUCCUCGAGUUCGAGUUCAGGCCCGAUGGCAAGCUCCGCUACGCCAACAACUCCAAUUACAAGAAUGACAUCAUGAUCCGCAAGGAGGUCUGGCUCACCCCCGCCGUCAUCCGCGAGUGCCGCCGCAUCAUCUCCGACAGCGAGAUCAUGAAGGAAGAUGAUAACAGCUGGCCGGAACCCGACCGCGUGGGUCGACAAGAACUUGAGAUUGUUAUGGGAAAUGAACAUAUUUCCUUCACAACUUCGAAGAUUGGGUCCCUUGUCGAUGUGCAGAGUAGUAAGGAUCCUGAAGGGCUUCGAAUCUUCUACUAUCUUGUUCAGGACUUAAAGUGUUUUGUGUUCUCGCUUAUCUCGCUUCACUUCAAGAUUAAGCCAAUAUGAUCGAGUUUCUUCCGCUCCUUCUAUGUCAGACAUUGUGAGGUUUUGGGGUAGCUUCUCGAUCAAUUUUUUAUGCCUGCCUGGAAUGGGAUGCAUCGGUUUGGGUGAUAGUACCUCUAGUGUAUUUGAUUGAGUUUUGAUCCUUCUGAGCUGUUAACUGCUUGACCCGCGAACUAAAUAUUGACUUCUUUUGUUAAUGGAGGUCUGAGAUCUUUCUGGGCAUUUUCUAUCUCUGGCUAUGAUUGUAUAGAUUAAGUUCCAUUGUAUCAUACUCGAACCAAAUUUUUGAAUAAUUUGCAGAAAUCUUUUAA